GGUAUCAUUUGCUCAUUCGUGUCGGCGGCGUUCACUGGGUCGGUCGGGUCGCCUGCUUCAUUUGCGGCCAUGCAAGCGACAACACUCGAUUCAAUCUCGCACGCCAAUUACUGAAUUUCAUUCCGACACUCACUCGAGCCCCGAGGAUGGACGACCAACCGUCCACUUCAUCCCAUCACCAACACCAAGAUCAACAACAACCCGACAAUCAUGCACAAAAGGAGCAGCACCGACCUCCCAAAAAAAGAGAUUUAAAUGAGCCGAUGGACCUGGAUGACCUGCUGCCUCAGCUGGAUGAAUUCGGCAAGUACCAGAAAAUCCUGAUCUGGCUGAUUUGCCUGCCGGCGUGCAUCCCGUGUGGCUUCGGCGCUUUCAACCAACUCUUCAUGGCCGAGGUGCCAGACCACUGGUGCCGCGUCCCAGAGCUCGAGCUCUCCGGCGUGUCCCAGCACGUCCGAAGAGAGGUUGGUGUGCCGAAGGGGGAUAGCUGUCGGCGUUACGCAGUGAACUUCACCACGCUCCUGGAAUCGCAGUCAUUGAUGGACAUCACUCCAAACUCGAGCUGGCCGACGGAGGCGUGCGUCCAAGGCUGGGAAUACGACCUCUCGGACAUCUCAUCCUCCAUCGUGAUCGACUUCUCGCUGGUGUGCGAGCACGCGAUUUACCCGACGCUGGGGCUGGCAGCGCUAAACGCAGGCGGCCCGAUCGGCGUGUAUGCUUUCGGCGUUCUCAACGACGGUAUCGGCCGAAAAAAGUCAUUUUUCCUCUGCCUGGCCGUGCUGAUCGUUGGCGGCCUCAUGACCACCUUCUCGCCCGACUUCUGGACCUGGGCCAUCAGCAGGUUCAUCGUCGGACUUACCAUACCAGCUAUCUACCAGAUUCCCUUCAUCAUCGCACUGGAGCUGGUCGGCGCCAAUUAUCGCUCAUUUGUUACCGUACUCACCUGCAUUUUCUACACUCUCGGACUGGUUUUGCUUGCUGGCAUUACCUACUUCAUUCGCGACUGGCAGAUAAUGGCCUUCGCCACUUCUGCGCCGUUUCUCCUCUAUUUUUUCUAUUGGCGAUGUCUCCCUGAAAGUCCGCGGUGGUUGCUAGCGAAAGGGCGGCUGGAGGAAGCGUCUCUGAUUUUGGAAAAGCUUGCUGCGACCAAUGGCAAGGAGUUGCCUGCAUCCUUCAAGCAGAAGCUCAAGCAACACAUGAUGCUGCAGAGGACCCGCAGCGAGGAACGCAAGGCGGAAAAAGGACCCGGCGUCACGGCCCUGUGCAAGACGCCUAAUAUGCGUCUCAAAACCACCCUCAUCACACUCAAUUGGUUUGCAAACGAGAUGGUGUACGUGGGUUUGAGCUAUUACGGACCAGCGUUAGGCAAUGACCGCUUUCUCAGCUUCCUACUGUCGUCGCUGGUCGAGAUCCCCAGCUACCUUUGCUGCUGGGCCGUGAUGGAUCGCUGGGGCCGCCGCUGGCCGCUCUCCAUCUGCAUGGUCGUCAGCGGGAUCGCUUGCAUUAUCACCGUCCUCCUUCCCGCAGAUGCUGUGGUGCUGACGCUGGUGCUGUACCUAUUCGCCAAGUUCGCCAUCUCAGCCUCGUUUCUUAUCAUCUACCCUUUCGCUGGUGAACUCUACCCAACGCAGUUACGAGGCAUCGGCAUUGGUGCCAGCGCCUAUAUCAGUGGCCUUGGUCUCAUUGUCAUCCCCUUCAUCGUUUAUUUGGGAAUGGAGAUGUUGGUGCUUCCGCUAGUGGUGAUGGGGGUGAUUUCGGUCAUCGGCGGACUGGCGGGACUUCGACUGCCUGAAACAUUGCACACAAAGCUGCCGCAAACGGUGGAGGAGGGCGAGGAGUUUGGCAAGGACUUCACAAUGCAAGACUGCCUGCGAUGCGUGCCCAUCUCUCGGCAAGGUUCAUAUGAGGACCUGAGCGUGCAGCUGAGCGAACUGCACGACGUAACAUCGGAGGAAGCACCUACGGCGGCUGCGGGCGAGGUGACAACGCCAGAGGGCGCAACAGAGGAAACUCCUCUCGGUGGCCGCAGCAGGAGCCUCCGCAAGAGCAUCGCGCGGCAGUCCAAGAUUUUGGUGCGCCAAUCGAGUGUGCUAGAGACGCCUUACGACUCAUCCGGCGCAAUGAAAAUGACCUACUGGUACUGAACAUCGCAAACAGUGUCUUUUCCGUUUUCCAGAACAAACUGUGCGCUUGGUUUGCGAUUGUGACAAAUAGUUAAGUGAAUCUCAACGGAAGAUUUGCGUUUGUUUAGGUUUGAGUGUGUUGCAUGUAAAAAGAAGCUAGUAAAAAUUAUAAGUACCUAAGAUAUUGGAUAAAU